AUGCCCAAACCGUCCGAGUUCCGGCUCCGGAUCAACCGAGAGAAGACGGUCUCGGUCGUCAACGUCCCAGGCAGCAAAGUCGGAGAGGAGAUCGAAGUCGAGCCGGACAUGCUGCCCAUCAAACCGCUUUCUGAGGGAGGAGAGAGAACCUGGGGAGUGGUCCAUCUUCUCGGUUACUGGGGCGAGUUCUUCUCUUCUUCCCUCGCUGAAGCAUUCGGUAUCUCGCAGUACCAGGUCGCCUCCUCUGCUGUCGCCGCCGGUCUCUCUCCCGGAGCCACCAUAGGCGCGGUCCUCCUCGGUCAUUUCCUCGUCGGUUGCGCCAACGCUGCCAAUGGCUAUGUCGGCUGCGUCUACGGUGUCAACUUCCCCGUCAUGACCCGCUCGUCUUUCGGUCAGCGAGGUGUAUUCAUCGCUCUUAUCUGUCGCUCAGUCGCUGCUAUCGUAUGGGCCGGUACCCAGACCUACCAAGGCGGUCUUUGCGUUGAGGUCAUGAUCCGAGCUAUCUGGCCCAGCUUCGCUACCUUCCCCAACUAUCUGCCUGCCUCCGCCAAUGUCACAUCCUCCCAGCUCCUCUGCUUUUUCAUCUUCUACAUCAUCCAGCUCCCUUUGCUCUGGAUCCCGAUGCCCAAGCUUCGCUAUCUCUUCCUUGUCAAGGUCAUCAUCAUGCCCAUCUUCGGAUUCGCCAUGUUUGGAUGGGCGGUCGGCUCGGCCAAGGGCUUUGGUCCGAUUUUCAACAAGGAGACCAACAUCACCACCGGCGUACCUGCCGCCGUUGUCUUCUUUACUGCUAUGAGUAGCGCCAUUGCUCCCAAGGCUACCAUUGCUCUUAACAUUGCCGACUUCACACGGUAUGCCAAGAGCCCUCGCACUGUUGUGUGGACCAACAUCGUGUCGUUGACGAUCCUCGUCACCCUAUGUGCCUGCCUUGGCGUAAUUUGUUCUUCCGCCGCCGAGGUCAUCUACGGCGUCAAGACCUGGAACCCCCUCCAGAUCAGCAUACUCAUGCAUAGGGCGCCGAUGUUCUUCUCGGCGUUCUGCUGGUGCCUCUCGGUCAUCGCCACCAACAUCUCGGCCAACACCACCGCGGUCGCGAACGAUUUGAUGCUCGCAUUUCCAAAAUAUGUAAAUAUCAGACGCGGACAAUAUUUAACUAUCAUUGUCGCCCUCGCUACCACCCCCUGGAACAUCCAAAACUCAGCCACCUCCUUCACCGCCUUCCUCUCCGGCUACUCUGUCUUCCUCGGUCCUCCCUGCGGCGUCCUCCUCGCGGAUUUCUGGGUCGUCCGUCGGCGCCGUCUCAACCUCGCGGCCAUGUACCGCCUUGGUCCCGGAACGGAGCAGUUCUACUGGCACGGCUUCAACCCCCGCGCCGUCGCUGCGUUUGUAUGCGGCGUCAUCCCCACCCUCCCCGGCUUCAUCCGUCAGAUCGGCGGCGCAAAGAUGGGCAUCGCGAUCGAGGCGAGCUACAUCUACUGCUGUGUCUGGCCGGUGGGCGUGACGGUCUCGGCGGCGGUGUAUAUCGUGCUCAACAUGGUGUUCCCGUACAGGUACGAGGAUGUCAGGUCGGUGGUGGAGCAUGAUGCCGAGGGGGAUGAUGAGAAGGUGGAUCAGAUUGAUUUGGAUGGGGAGGAGAAGAAGUACUAG